AUGAGAUAUCAAUCGAAUUCUGAUCUAUUUGACCCGAGAACGGAGAUGGACUCCGAUUAUACGCGUGGGGCCUCUGGCUCAGAUGGUGAUUUUGGUUUCGCUUUCAACGAUAGUAAUUUCUCUGACCGACUUCUUCGGAUCGAGAUUAUGGGUGGGCCCCCCGAGUGCCGCCCUGAUGGAGAGGGUUGCACCAGUAUCGCCGAUUGGGCUCGCCACCGCAAAAGGCGCCGGGAGGAUAUUAAGAAGGAAAACGUUUUGGAUCUUAGUUUAUGUCCUGAUGAGCAGAUUUUAAACGGCAACCAGCCUGAUAUGGACGAUGGUGUGGGCUGUGAGAAUCUAGAUGAGGACGCAGUGGCAAUGGUUGAAGAAACACAAUCAGGCGAUGAGGAUGCAAAUAGCAAUGAAUCAAGCUGGAGCAUGGAUUUUUCUACAGUCCUGAGAGUUAAAACAUUGCAUAUCAGCUCUCCCAUUUUAGCAGCAAAGAGUCCAUUCUUCUACAAGCUCUUCUCGAAUGGGAUGAGGGAGUCAGAACAGAGACAUGUAACCUUAAGAAUCAAUGCCUCUGAGGAAGCUGCCCUCAUGGAACUUUUGAAUUUUAUAUAUAGCAACACCUUAUCUGUCACCACUGCUCCAGCCUUGCUUGAUGUGCUGAUGGCUGCUGACAAAUUUGAGGUUGCCUCUUGCAUGAGAUAUUGCAGCCAGCUAUUGCGGAAUUUGCCUAUGACACCAGAGUCAGCUCUGCUUUAUUUGGAUCUUCCCUCGAGUGUAUUAAUGGGUGAAGCUGUCCAACCAUUGACUGAUGCUGCAAAGCAGUAUCUUGCUGCCCGGUACAAGGACAUGACAAAGUUCCAAGAAGAGGUCAUGGCUCUGCCGCUAGCUGGGAUUGAGGCAAUAUUGUCCAGUGAUGAUCUGCAAAUUGCAUCUGAAGAUGCUGUGUAUGACUUUGUGUUGAAGUGGGCCAGGGCUCAGUACCCAAAACUGGAAGAGCGAAGGGAAGUACUUGGUUCGCGCCUUGCACGCUUUAUUCGCUUCCCCUAUAUGACUUGCCGGAAGCUUAAGAAGGUGUUGACAUGUAAUGAUUUUGAUCAUGAUGUUGCAUCAAAGCUUGUGCUUGAGGCCCUUUUCUUCAAGGCUGAAGCCCCACACCGACAACGAAGCUUGGCUGUAGAGGAGUCUGCCACCUUGAACCGUCGCUUUAUUGAGCGAGCGUACAAGUAUCGACCUGUUAAAGUGGUGGAAUUUGAACUUCCCCGUCAGCAAUGUGUUGUGUACCUGGACUUGAAGAAGGAGGAGUGUGCAAAUUUAUUUCCAUCUGGACGGGUUUAUUCUCAGGCAUUCCACCUGGGUGGACAAGGGUUCUUCCUGUCAGCCCAUUGCAACAUGGACCAGCAGAGCUCUUUCCAUUGCUUCGGAUUAUUUUUAGGAAUGCAGGAAAAGGGUUCCGUUAGUUUUGCUGUGGACUAUGAAUUUGCGGCUAGAUCAAAGCCAACGGAGGAGUUUGUUAGCAAAUACAAAGGCAAUUACACAUUCACUGGGGGCAAGGCAGUUGGGUACAGGAACUUAUUUGCCAUACCUUGGACUUCUUUCAUGGCGGAAGACAGUCUUUACUUUAUAAACGGUAUUCUCCAUCUUAGGGCUGAGUUAACCAUCAGGCAAUAAGCAACCCCUGUUGAUGGGGUUUCAGUCCAUUUACAUUUUAGCUUCACUAACUCCUUUUGUUGUUGUUGCUGUUGUUCUUUCGCUUGACCUGAGCAAAACUCAAGAUGUACUAAGUAGAUCUGUGGGCUAGACUUUUUGAUUUGGAGGCUGAAGUAUAAUUGAAAAAUGACCCUUCUGUCUUGCACCAAAAUCGUGCUCCGAAAAUGAGCCACAGGAAAAUUGUAAAUGUAUAUCAACUUUUUGAAGGGUUGAGUUGAUGUCAUGGAUGGUUCCACUCUAGAAUGAUUCUAGUCAAGUGUCCGCCUGUUGGGUUAUUAUUUAUAUAUAAUCACAUGAAGAUAGUAGUAUUUAUAAAAUGGGAUUGCAUUUUUGUCA